CCCCGAAACUCCGGCUCCAUGGGCGGGGCACGGCCGGUCGGGCCCGCGCCGCCUUUCGGUUUCUCUUCCAGGAAGGAAAACACUGGUGGGCAGCGGGGGCCGCGGCGGCAUUGCCCGCCCUCAUCCUCACCCUCACUGUCCCCCUCCCUUUCUCCGCCUCGCUCUGUCCCCCCUUGCCCCGCGCACACGCGCUCCCACACGCGCGGUCCCGCACACGCGCGCACACGUUCACGCGCGGGGGGGGCGGCAGCUUCCGAGCGCCCCCCAGAGCGUGGAGGCGGGGAGGGGACCCCGAGGGGCAGCUCGGCGGGUCGCGGUGGCGGCCGCAACUUCCUCGUGAGGGGCCGGCGGGGAGCGGGAGGUGGGAAGAGCCCCAGAAGUUCCCGGCCGCCCGCUGAGCUGCGCGGAGCUCCUCCUGAGAGAUGUCUGAGCCAGCUGCCCAGUGCUGCAUCAAGCAAGAGAGAAUUUCGUACACACCUCCAGCCAGCCCAGUACCAAAUUACACUUCCUCGUCACCACUACAUGUCUCAGUGCCUCGAACAAUCAGGAUGGAGGAAGACUCGAUCAGACUGCCAGCACACCUGCGUUUGCAGCCCAUUUACUGGAGCAGGGAGGAUGUCGCACAGUGGCUCAGGUGGGCGGAGAAGGAGUUUUCCCUGAGGCCGAUUGAGAGCAACACCUUUGAAAUGAAUGGCAAGGCUCUGUUGCUCCUGACCAAAGAGGACUUUCGAUACAGAUCGCCUCAUUCAGGUGAUGUUCUGUAUGAACUCCUUCAGCAUAUCCUGAAGCAAAGGAAAUCUCAUAUGCUGUUCUCACCUUUCUUCCAUUCUGGGAAUUCUAUCCAUUCUCAGUCAGAGGUGUUAUUACAUCAGAACCACGAUGAAGAUAGCUUUGUCCAGAGACCUUCAAGACCAUCCACAGAAGCAGUCCUCCACAGCACCCCAACCAUUGAACUGUUGCAUCGUCCUAGAUCACCCAUCACCAACAAUCACCGUCCAUCACCAGAUUCUGAUCAGCGGCCACUGAAGUCCCCUAUGGACAACGCUAUCCGUCACUUCUCCCCAGCCGACAGGGUGCCAGGGGCAAGGUAUCAUCAAGAGAACAACCACCAAGAGUCCUAUCCUCUCUCAGUGUCCCCGAUAGAAAACAACCACUGCCCACCUCCUCCUGAGGUGCUUCAGAAGCCCAACAGCCCUCGCCAGGAGAACACCAGGGUCAUCCAGCUGAUGCCCAGUCCUAUCAUGCAUCCUUUGAUAUUGAACCCCAGGCACACUGAUUUCAAACCACCGAGGUUGUCUGAGGAUGGGCUGCACAGGGAUAUAAAGCCAAUCAACCUGUCCCACCGAGAAGAGUUAGCUUAUAUGAACCACAUCAUGGUGUCUGUAUCCCCUCAUGAGGACCACGGAAUGCCAAUUGGAAGAAUAGCAGACUGCAGGUUGCUUUGGGAUUAUGUUUAUCAGCUGCUUUCUGACAGCCGGUACGAAAAUUUCAUCCGAUGGGAAGAUAAGGAAUCCAAAAUUUUUCGGAUAGUGGAUCCCAAUGGGCUGGCCCGGCUGUGGGGAAACCACAAGAACAGAACAAAUAUGACUUAUGAGAAAAUGUCCAGAGCCCUACGCCAUUACUACAAACUAAAUAUUAUCCGGAAGGAGCCAGGACAAAGGCUUUUGUUCAGGUUCAUGAAGACCCCAGAUGAGAUUAUGAGUGGCCGAACAGACCGCCUUGAGCACCUUGAAACCCAGGCACUGGAUGAACCCGUGUCACAAAUAUACCAAGAAGAUGAGUGCUGAAGGGAACUGGUGCAACACCUCUGUGGGUUUAUGUGAGAAACAUCUGCUUGGAUGGCUGGCAUGGUUUGGGAGGGGAAGCAACCCCACAGAAGCAGUAGUGGGGGUUUCUGCUUAGCUUGAAGACCGUGCAGGACCUGAAGCACCUUAACAAAACAAACUAACAGGCAGAAGUGGUGCUGGCAGAAAAGUAAAUGGGAGAAAGCCUGGACUUACGCACUACUUCACUGUUCCUACAAAGUCUCCCUCGAGCUCUUUCUUUCUUUUUGGAUUAAGUUUUUAGGGUUUUUUUGUUUCUUUGGGUAUUUUUUGUUGUUGUUUUUCGUUGUCCUGUUCCCCCCCCCCCCCCUCCCAAUAAACAUGUAGUUUGACUUCCCUUUUCUCACAUAGGGCAAAACGUGAGAUUAUGGGUUUUUUUUCCUUCGGAAGGCUUUCCUUUGGGAACAGAGUGUUCUUACUUUCCUUGCAAGUCUCAUGAGAUAACACCACAUGAAACAGCAGUGACACACAAGGGAUUUGCUCAAGGGUUCUAGUUUGCUUGGAUCCAUUUCUGUGUGCUGUGUCUGCUAAAUGUACUGAAGCUACCAAAAGAAUUUACCACAGAUAUCUAUCAAGCAAGGAGGAGUCACCAUUCAUUUGUAGGCUGGGAUGGAAUCCCAACAUAGCUUGGGUUCAUGAAUCCUUGAGUAGCUGUUAACUUCUGGCAUAUGGACCAAAACCAGUCACCUAAGUGCUCCAGGGAGGAGAGAAGUAAAUGUGGCAAACCUCUGCAAUAGGCCAAUGUUGAUAUUUUCCCUCCCUUUAGCAAAGGGGUGAUAGAGGAGGAAGGGGGAGGAAAUUCAUGAUCCUUGAGGUCCCUUCCAACCCAGGUUAUUCUGUGAUUCUGAGGGAAAGGGGCAACUCCAAAUAUAUAUGUAUAUAUGUGAACCCCACAACAUAUGCACAAUGCAGAAUUUUAGUUCAAAGGCUUUGAUAAAAAAGCAAAGGGUAAAAUAUCUGAAAUCACAGAAGGAAGGUUUUGUCCUUACACGUGCUAGCAGGUGUAGUGAAGGGUGAAGGACUUUCCAUCUUAAGAAGAAUGCAGAGGGACCUUUCACGUGGUUUGUACUGCUCAGAGACCACUCCAGGAUCAUUUUGUGCUCCUGGAGAGAUAGGUGAUUCACCAAUAUAAAAACCAAUGGUAGAGAAGUAGAAACCAAAUAGGGAUAGUGAUACUUUGGAAUUGAUUUUGUCUUUGUUUUGGAGUUUGGUUUUCUCCCUCCCAUGCCUCCCAACCCUUCCUCACCCGACAGCUUUCCCAUCUAGGAAUCUUGUCUCAGCUUGCCUGUACUUAAUGUGAUUUUAAAGACCAAGAAAAAAAAAGAAAUCCCAGAUCUAUGUUGCUUUCUUGGUUUUGUUCUUGUUCAUUGCAAGGUGCCCUAUUUUUUUGCACCUUCUAUUUGGUUUGAAGCAUGAGGGUGCUUUGCAGGAGGCAAGAGCCGUGCCUGUUUUGGUUGCUCAGGCUGGGAAGCUCAGUAGUCCUUAAUGCCCAGUACUAAAGGAACUACUGGCCCUUUGCAUUUCACACUGCUUGGGCUGCCGUGAUAGGAAGGUCUGUGGCACUCAGUUAUCCAGUGAUCCAUCGGCAGUGGUCCACGUACUGGAAAGAAUGCAGCAGCAGAAAUGAUACUUGCAAAGUGUGAAGAUGUACAGAGAAACUGCGUAUGAAUCAUGUGAUUACUGGAGGAAAACAAGUCCAUGCUAGGUCAUUAAAAACAGAAAGCCUCUUUUAUGGGAAAAUGCAUACUAGAAAUGGAAAAAAGGGGGAAAAAAAUUAAAAAUAGGAUUAAUCUAAUGAACUUCAACCAAAAAAAUAAGGUACAUUCCCAUGAUAGAGCUUCUGUUACCUAUAAACCAGCACUGCAUUUGUUCCUAGCACAUAUUUAACAAGAGGGUUAAUCUACCCAGAAAAAAAUAGCACUUGGCAAUGAAGAGUGGCCUGUAUGUUUAAACAAAGAUAGUCCAGUCUCGCAAAAGACGUUAUUGAGUCACAAGUGCAGAAGGCAAGGCUUUGUUGAGGACAAAGAUAGGCAUCAUACAGCGAGGAGAGGUUUUGCAGAGCCAGUGUCUGAUGAGGAGCAACAGGGCGUACGUCUCUCCCUGAGCUCUUCCCAGGCACAUCUUUUUAUUAUAGUACGUUAGAAGUCUGAGCACACAAAGUGCUUGACUUCUUCUGCCUCAGAAAAAAAGGGCACAUGAAUGUGCAUCAGAGAGGUGAGCAGGUGACUCAUCACUGCUGCAGCUCUGAGAUAUUUAGAGCUCAUGAGAUGGAGGCACAGGGAGACAUCCCUGGCUCACAGGCCUGAAACCAAAGGGGCCACAAUGGUUACAACCCUAAACCUAGGAGCCACAAUGAUACUGACCCAAGGGCACUUGGUUGCAGCCAUGCCUUGGGAGCUGGGGGUGUGUCCUCCAACUGAAUGUGGAGCACAGAGAGCAUUGGAAUGCAUCUAACUGGGGAGAUCAGAGGAGUAACUCAGGAGAAGAUGGUGAGUGACAGAUGAAGUGAGUGUCAAUGUAAAGGAAGUCUCUUGAUGGCUUCUUCUGUUUCUUAGGAUAUACAGAAGUAGGAAAAGAGAAAAAGCACAGCUGCUUUUAUAUCUAAAGGAUAUAAAGAUAUCCUUUACUUGUCCGGCUGUGAUGACCGCAUGCACUGCAUCAUUUUCCUGCUCCAACUGCUGUUAUGAGAUGAUGGGGAAGAAAGAUAAUAAGUAUCUUCUAUUCAAAGCGUUUCUCUUCGCUGAGCCACAGGAUUUUGUUAUGGUCAAGGUGCACAGUAGGGAAGUAGAGACAGUCAACCAGCAUAAGCCCAUACACUCUCCAUAUGUAAGCUAGCAAGCAGUUUGUCUUCAGCACUGGUAAGGCAGGAAAAAACAAGGAAUCCUAAAAUCCCACGUGUUGCCCAGAGGGAAAAUUUGUAGGGGGAAUUUAAUACAGGAAAUGUUCACCUUUAGCAAAAAUACAACCUUUAUCACUCACAGAAACAAAUCAAAGGGAAAAAAAGGUUGGAACUACCUUCCUGUUGGUGUGUAGAGGACAUCUCAGGACAACUACAUCUCCAUCCCAGUCAUAAAGUUCUCCCAAGUCUCAGGCCAGCCAGAAUGAAAAUACCCUUCAAACGUGGAGCAGGCUGCUCCCAUGGACUCUGCCUGGCCUCCAGCCACUCUGCAUGCUGCAGGCUGUAGGAUGACAUGCUGCUGGGGCUUGGGACGUUGUGUGGAGACCUGCAGAACGUGAACUGUUCCUGGGGUCUUGUCAGCAAGGUUGUCAACAGUGGCUACAAAAUAUAGAAACAGGCUCCAACAGCUGCAGUAAGAUUCCCCAAGCUUUCUAUCUUUUACUCUAGCAAAUAGGAAAUGAAAUACUCAGCAAAGCUCAAGAAAUACUCGGCAAAGGAUCUCCACACUGCAGCUAAGUGGGACCAUCAUUGCCUUCAUUUCGCUGCGGGGCUGCGCAACCUGCAAGCAGCCAAGUAGGCCGUGCUGCAGCUCCACGACUAAGUAUUUCCUUCAGUUUCCCGACUGAUGUUGGACAUCUUUUGAUGGCCUCUCCAUCCACAAACCCAUGUGUGCGCUCUUCAGAUCUCUUUGUCAACCCCAUGCAAAUCCAGAAUGCAUCACUUUGAGGAUUUGGGGCUCUGGUUUUCUUUUUGUUUGUUUUUGUUUUGUUUUCAAUAAAAUCCUCGUCUUUUCAUCCAUGG